UAGAAAAUCUGAGCUGACGCAUGGUCCCACUUUCAUAAAUGAAGAUUUGACACCCUAGAAGAGAUCCUGGUCCCUGUUUGUGUUUUCAGAUUUUGAAAUGUUCUGCUAUCGCAGUAGGCACUAUCAACUUUAUAAACAUCAGGCUCCCCAUAUACAAUUAGUUGAACAAUUAGCAUGACUUUAGGCACAGGUGGACAGAUGCACUUUUGGUUCAUAACAAAAAUUUGAGCUCAUGGAAAAAAAAUGCAAAAUCGAGCAAGGGCAUAGGCAGCUCCCCCCUGCAGUCCAGCUAGCUCAACGUCAUCUCCAGGACAGAGAGCUCCUCCAGCCAAAUCAGGGACGCAAAGUGCUGGCUCAGUUUUUAGACACCAAACAUCGAUCAGAACAGCACACCGGUGCCGUCGGACAUGCAAAGAGAGCCAGCAGAAUACACAUAAUCAAUGGGGAGGUCACCGUCCUGCGGUAGUGAGGCCCCCGUCAAGAAGGGCCCGUGGACGGAGGAGGAGGACAGGCUGCUCGUGGACUACAUCAAGUUGCAUGGCACCGGCGGCAACUGGCGAACCAUCCCCAAGCGCGCUGGCCUCAACCGCUGCGGCAAGAGCUGCCGCCUCCGUUGGACCAACUACCUCCACCCCGACAUCAAGCGCGGACCCUUCACCGACGAUGAGGAGAAAACCACCAUCCACCUCCACUCCAUGCUCGGCAACAAGUGGUCGGCGAUUGCAACCCAUCUGCCGGGAAGGACAGGCAAUUUUAUCAAGAAUUACUGGAACAUGAACCUGCGCAAGAAGCUACUCCACAUGGGCAUCGACCCCAUCACGCACAGCCCGCGCGCCGACCUCAGCCAGCUUACAGGGCUCCCCAGUCUCCCCGCCACCGCCGCCGCCCCCAGUAAUAGCCUCUCCGGCGUCAGCAUGGGCCCCAGCGCCUGGGACAUGAAUGCUGUCCAGGCCCACGCCGACGUGGCCAGCUUCGCCGGGGGCGGCUCGGACAUGAACACUCUCAGGAUCAAGGACGAAGCUACCAGCUUCACCGGCAGCUACUCAGACAUGAAACCUCCCAGGAUCAAGGAUGAAGCCAGCAGCUUCACCGGUAGCCACUCGGAAAUGAAACCUCCCAGAAUCAAGUACGAAGCCGCCAGCUUAAUCAGUAGCCACUCGGACAUGAAACCUCCCAGGAUCAAGGACGAAGCCGCCAGCUUCACUGGAAGACACUCGGACAUGAAACCUCUCAGGGUCAAGGACGAAGCCGCCUGCUUCACCGGCAGCUACUCGGACAGGAAACCUCCCAGGAUCCAGGACGAAGGCAGCUACUCAGGCGCUGUUGCUGGCUGGGACAUGAACACUCUCUCCAUGCUCCAGCCCAACACCGCCAAGUUCCAUCUCCUCCAGGGCCAUUGUUGGGUGAUCAGUGCUUCCUUGGGCGCCAUGAGAGCUCUUGUUGGGAAGCUGGACGUGCUGCUGCUAGAUGAUUCAUCUUCUCAGAAAUUCUUCUCCAAGAGGGUGAUGGAUGGGUUGCGCCUCCUCAAAGAUGAUGUGGAAGAGCUAAGCUCCUACCUUGAUGAACUGUCAGAGGUGGAUGACCAUCCCCCAAUAGCCAUGUGCUGGAUGAAUGAGGCGCGUGAUCUGUCUUACGACAUGGAGGAUUACAUUGACAGCCUUUUAUCUGUGCCACCUGACCAUUUCAACAAAAACAAGAAGAAGAAAAACAAGAAGAUGAUGACCAUAAAGAAGAGGCUCAAAUGGUACAAACAGAUCACAUACGUCACGCAAGUGUCAGAACAUGGUGUCAAGACCAGCAAACGCGUUCAUGUUAGUGUUGUCCCUCGUCUUCCCAAGAAGCCCAAGAUUGCGGAAACAAUUUCAGAUUUCAGGAUCUAUGUCCAGGAGGCCAUUGAACGGUACGAUAGAUAUAUGCUCCAUUGUUGCAGCAACUUGAGGAGACGUACAUUCUUGUCCACUGGCCAUAUGCUUCCAAUGCACUAUGAAGAAACCAAUGAUCAUGUUGUAAUUGAUGGCCGGAUGAAUGAGUUUAUCGACUCACUGGUGGCUGAUAUUGUGGCAGAUCAGCAGCAGCUCAAGGUGGUAUCUGUCCUUGGAUCUGGAUGUCUGGGUAAAACUACACUUGCCAAAGUGUUGUACAACAGAAUUGGGAUACAAUUUGAUUGCAGAGCUUUCAUUCGGAUGCCCAAAAAGCCGGAUAUGCAGAUACUUUUCUGCGACUUGUUCUCACAACUCCACCAGAAAAAGCGGCCACUACAUGCCAAUUCUAAUGAGCUUGGCAUCAGCGACAUUAAUAUCAGAAAACAUCUGCAAGAUAAAAGGUAUCUAAUUGUUAUUGAUGAUUUGUGGGACGCAUCAGCAUGGGAUAUUAUCAAGUAUGCCUUUCCAAAUGGAAACCGUGGCAGCAGAAUAAUAAUAACUACACAGAUUGAAGAUGUUGCAUUAACAUGUUGCUCUGAUCACUCAGAACAUGUUUUCGAGAUGAAACCUCUUGACGAAGAUCACUCAAGAAAGCUAUUCUUUAACAGGCUUUUUGAGGGCUCCAUAGUCUGGAAGGAUGAUCUGGUGAAGCAAUGGGUGGCUGAAGCCUUCAUCAAUACACGAAAAGGGAAAGGAAAAGAUCAAAACUGGAUGGAGAAAGCUGCAGGAAUCUAUUUCGAUGAACUUGUUGAUAGAAGAUUCAUCCAACCCCUAAAUAUCAACUACAACAAUAAGGUGUUGUCAUGUACUGUUCAUGAAGUGGUACGUGAUCUUCUUGCACACAAGUCUGUGGUAGUAGAUUAUAAUCGAAAGAAUAUAUCACUUUCUCAUAAGGCCCGUCGGCUAUCUCUCCUCUUUGCCAAUGCAAGUUAUGCCAAGACACCUGUAAACAUCACAAAGGCGCAGGUUCGGUCACUUAAUUUUGUUGGAUUGUUCGAGUGCAUGCCUUGUAUUGGAGAGUUCAAGGUUCUCCGUGUUCUGAACCUUCAACUAUCCGGUCAUUGUGGCGACCAUGACCCCAUAGACCUCACUGGGAUUUCAGAACUGUUUCAGUUGAGAUAUUUGAAGAUUACAAGUGAUGUGUGCAUAAAACUACCAAACCAAAUGCGAAAGCUGCAAUGUUUGGAAACGCUGGAUAUUAUAGAUGCACCAAGAGUCACUGCUAUCCCGUGGGAUAUUAUAUAUCUCCCACACUUGUUGCACUUGACGCUUCCUGUUGACACAAAUCUGCUGGAUUGGAUUGGCAGCAUGACUGGCUCCAUCAUCAGUCUGUGGAGCCUUGGCAACCUGAACUACCUGCAAGAUCUUUAUCUUACCAUUUCUUCUACACAUCCUUCUGGCCAUCCAGAGAAAAACAUGGAAGCUCUGGGUUCUUUACUAGGAGGACAUGGCAACCUGAAAAUUAUAGUAGUGUCUCAUGGCCCAUUGGUUAAAGAUAUUGUGGUUCCUGGUGCCUCAAAAGUAAUCAUUUCCUGGGAUGAGUUGGAACCUCUCCCACUUCUCCAGAGAUUUGAAUGCUCGCCACACAGCUGCGUCAUAUUUUCCCGAAUUCCUAGGUGGAUUAAAAAACAUGGUAACUUGUGCAUUCUGAAGAUUGCAGUGGUGGAACUGCAGAUGAGUUGUGUUGAUAUUCUCAGAGGAUUGCCUGCCCUCACUGCUCUGUCGCUGUAUGUGCGGUGCGCGCCUGCUCAAAGGAUCCUCUUUGACAAGAUGGCCGGGUUUUCAGUUCUCAAGUACUUCAAGUUGAGGUGCACGAGUGGUAUCCCAUGGCUGAAAUUUGAGGCGGAUGCAAUGCCUAACCUCUGGAAGCUGAAGCUAGGUUUCAAUGCAAUCCCCCGAAUGGACCAACAUCAACUAAUCUGCAUCGAGCAUAUUCCAGACCUUAAAGAGAUCUCUGUAAAAUUUGGGGGUGUAGCUGCUCUUAUAGAGUAUGCCGUGAAGACUGUCAUUAGUAAUCAUCUGAGAAAUCCUAGAGUCCAUGUGUGUUUGGUGACUUCUACUUUCUAUGGUGCCGAGAGGACAAAAGAGAAACCUCCCACCAACUCGGCGAUCAAGUCGCGCAUGGCCGCCACAACGCCAAUGGAGACUCCGACCAGCCACGUCACCACCGCCUUCGCCCACUGCAACAGUGUCUCGACAGAGGGUGCUGCUGCUUCCGGGGACGCAGAUGUGGAGACGCUCUGCCACCUCUCCGACAAUCUCGCCACCGCCUUUCGCUCUCCAGAAGACUUCACCUUCCUUGUCGACAUGCGUGCGUACCGCUCCAUGCUCUCCGUCCAGAGUCCCUUCCUGGAUGCCGUCUUCGCGCGUCGUGCCGCUGAAGGGGAGGACGACCCGCUGGACCUCCGGGAGCUUCUGGGUGAGGAGGUGGAGGUCGGGUAUGAGGCACUGCAGUUGGUGCUCGAGUACCUGUACACCGGCCGCAUCCGCGACCUUCCCAAGUCAGCAUGCGUUUGCGCCGACGUGGACGGCUGCGCCCACGUCGGUUGCCUUCCCGCCAUCUCCUUCAUGGCGCAGGUCAUCUUUGCCGCAUCCAUCUUCGAGGUUGCGGUGCUCACCAACCACUUCCAGCGGCUUCUCCUUGAUGUCCUUGAUGAUGUUGAAGUGGAUAACCUUCCAUUGAUCUUAUCUGUUGCAAACUUAUGCAAUAAAUCUUGCAUGCAUCUGCUUGAGAGAUGCCUUGAGAUGGUAGUCCGGUCAAAUCUUGACAUGAUUACUCUUGAGAAAGCAUUGCCUCCAGAUGUUAUCAAGCAAAUUACUGACUCGCGGAUAAGUCUUGGGCUAAUUUCACCCAAGGACAACGGAUUUCCUAACAAACAUGUAAGAAGGAUAUUCGGAGCUCUCGAUUCUUAUGAUGUGGAGCUAGUGAGGUUGCUACUCUACGAAGGGCAGACUAAUCUUGAUGAUGCAUUUGCAUUGCACUAUGCUGUAGAACAUUGUGACCCAAAGAUCACAACAGAACUUCUGGACCUCGAACUUGCAGAUGUUAAUCGUAGAAAUCAAAGAGGUUAUACUGUUCUUCACAUUGCUGCCAGGCGAAGAAAUCCUAAAAUUCUUGUCUCUGUUUUAACCAAAGGAGCUCGGCCUUCCGAUCUUACAUUUGAUGGAAGAAAAGCAAUACAAAUCUCAAAGAGACUCACAAAACAUGGGGAUUACUUUGGGAUUACUGAAGAAGGAAAACCGUCUCCUGAAUAUAGUUUAUGCAUUGAGAUACUGGAGCAAGCUGAAAGAAGGGGUCCACAACUUGGAGAAGCAUCGGUUUCUCUUGCAAUAGCUGGUGACUGUCAACGUGGGACGCUGUUGCACCUCGAAAAUCGAGUUACUUUGAUGAGGAUAAUGUUUCCAACUGAGGCAAGAGUAGCAAUGGACAUCGCUCAAGUGGAUUGCACUUUGGAGUUAACCCUUGAUUCUGAGGCAAAACCUCCUUCGGAGAAAGAAGUGGCAACCAUUGAUCUAAAUGAAACUCGUUUCCAAAUGAAUGACGAACACUUAGCUCGGAUGAGUGCCCUCUUCAAAACAGUUGAACUCUGUAAACGCUUCUUUCCGCGUUGUUCAAAUGUCAUAGACAAGAUUAUGAAUGAUGAACCUGAGCUGGCUUCCCUUCAAAGAGACACAUCCACCGAGAGGAAUCGGAGGUUCGGUGACAUGCACGACACGCUUCAGAAGGCAUUCAGCGAGGACAAGGGUUCGUCUAGUUUUGACAAAUCUGGGUCAUAGUUGCAAACGGAUGACAUGACAAAGCAACCAGAAAUGCAUGCUAUAUUGUGGAGUACAACAAUAUAUCAGAUUGGAGCACAACUGGAAAGUGGCCAAAAAUUCAGAUUGCACCUUUUAUAAAAGAAAAUUUUCAGGUGAAAUUAAUCUAGAACUCGGUUCUCCUCUCGAAUCGAACCUUCUACAAACUGCAAGCAGCCAAUUGUUUGGAACUGCAGUUAACAUUUAACGCCAGAACAUGUUCAUGGCAUGUGCUGUUCUUUUCUCUGUUCUGCACUUUUGAGGUGAUGCUGUUGUGUAAAUUUCAGCAACUAGUACAAAUUUGUGGGAACUUGUAGCAAGUAGUAGUAGAUUAAUUCAGUUCACACCGAAAUGCGCUACUGAUAGACCAGCGUAUCAGUUCAAUU